AUUCAUUUAACAGCAAUACAUGCUCCUAAAACUGUGAUUAAAUCACGUUAGGCUCUGAGGUCAAUAUUUAAUGGUAUCUGUACCAAAGCGUAACUUACAAACAUGACAUGUACUUUUAGCUAGAACGGUCAUUUGAACUGUCAGGGAAAGUAAUUUGUAAGUAUUGUUUCUCUUGUUCUUUUUACAGAUGUCCCGAUCAGUGUGUUUCGCGUUGCUGGUCCUAGCCGGCAUUAUACCUUCCGACUCUGCAUGCUCGUGCUUAUUCCAAACAAUUCAGCAAAUAUUCUGCAAGGCCGAUUUUGCUGGCGCGUUUAGGAUCGAGGACAACGGACCAGUUAUAGACGGUACCAGAGUGUAUGAAGUGGAGAUGCUUGCCAUGUAUAGAACUGUUUCAGUAAAACAUCUGGAUACAGAGAAGUUAUAUGCCCCCACUGCUAUUGGGGGUGGGUGUGGAGUUAUUUUCAGACCAGAUGCAUACUAUAUUGUCUCCGGAUAUUACUAUCAAAACCCUGGUCAGCUCACACAAAUGAGAACCAGCAGAUGUUCUCUUAAGAUAUUUUGGCCUCAUCACCCGGUGCCUAUUUAUGUUCCUCCUGAUUGUGACACAACAGAGUUAGAGAUCAAGUCGGACCGGCCGAUUGUAUUCCAAGUAAAAUGAUUUUACUAGAGAUUGACACAGCUAUUGAUGAGAGCAAAGCGGAAAAGACUGAGUAGGGCAAAAAUUAAACAACUUGCAUUUAAUUAUAAUUUAU